CAUAGGCACUUGACCUUUAAUGAAACACACACCAUAUUUAGUGCUGACGAAAAGAAAUCCUUUGGAAAAGGAUAUUCGAAUCAUAAACAAUCUCCACAGGAUAGUGCACAAAAGAAACCGUAUUAUUUCUUCUACUUUGACGAAAAGAAGAAAGUCCACAUUCCGUUACCGGAACCAACACAGACCACACCGAGAUAUCGGCACUCCGUUCGGGUAGACUGGAACCCGCCAACCACUAGACAAUGGGUUGGCCAAGCCUAUACCACUUAUUUCAUCAAUCUUUCUUCAAAAACGCAUCAAUCAUGGCCGGAGGAAGAUCAAAGUCAAAGGCUUCCAAGAAGAAAAGCACCGCCGAACCCUCAAGCUCUGCGCCUCCUCCGUUCCCAUAUUUGGACGGAUCCUUCUUGGAGUUCGGGUCGGAGGAGGAACUCAACCGGUUCCUCACGCACUUUGCCAAGCGUCCCAUUUCUCCGCCUAGGGUGCUGCCCGAGUUGUACCCUCAACAAAAGGGGUACCACGACCUCGACAAUCAGCUUCAAGCAUCGGGUCUGUGGUCGUUCGUCUCCAGGAGUUGCUCGAGCUUCAAUCCUGCCUUUGUGCGAGCCUUCUACUCCAAUCUCCGCCGUGACGGGGACACCAUUCGCAGCAGCAUCAAUCUCUACGACAUAGAGAUUGAUUUGCCUACCUUUGCUCGGGUCGCAGGGCUGCCCAUCCGCGGUGACGACAUCGCAACCUAUGGUGGCGACGAUUGGAUCCUCAACAACGAGGCGGUCGUCAUUCGUGAGCUUGGGAUCACCAACUUGAUCCGCCACAGCGGCGCACCGACGAUUCACUCGGCUCCACCGGACAAGCGCCUCCUCCUCUACAUCAUCACCCGGAUUCUCCGCCCCCGGGACAGCAGCCAUACCUCGCUCUUCAACGAGGACUUGAAGGCGAUUCAUGCGAUCAUCCACGGCGCCUCCAUCAAUUGGGCGAAAUUCGUGAUGGUCCACAUGGCAAAUUGCGCCUCCAUCGCCACUGAGCAGAGCUUGCCAUAUGCCUUCCUUGUCAUGGACCUCAUCAUCUCCGCCGACAUCACCAUCGCCGGCCCGGAUACGAAGAUGACAAAGAUUUGGAUAAUUCAAGACAGCACCUUCCGGAAGAAGUCCGGAGACCGGGACGACGCAGGCCCGAGUCGUGCACCAGCCCCCGCUCCCGCCAAGGCCUCUUUGCAAUCCAUAGCCGAUACUCUGAAUCGGCUAACCCUCACAGUAGACGACAUGGGACAGUCAAUCGAGCGGAUGGAGUGGACGCUGCAACGCCAACACCACGACAUGACGGCGUUCUUCCGCGGCGUCAACUACGUCCCGCCUCCCUUUGACAACACCUUCCUCGGCCAAAACUAUGAAGGCAAGGACGAGGAGGAUAACUCCUAUGCUCCAUCCUCCUCCCCCGACGAGGCCGACUUUGAAGAUGCGGUCGACGGCGAUCCCAUGGACGUCGAGGACGACGAGGAUGACGACGAGGAUGCCGAUGCUUAGACUUUUUUUUUCUCUUCUUACUAUGAUUGUAUUUUUUAUUUUUUCCAUUCCAUUGUAUUCCGCAUUUCCCUUUUUCAUGAAUAAAAGUUUACUUUCACAAUUCUAAAGUUUCCUUUUUUUGUUAAUGUCAAAAGGGGGAAGAUAUUAAGGUUAUGCAUAAAUUAAGGGGGAAUUU